ACAGUGUUGGAUAACAGUGACUUAUGGACGCAGUUGAGCUUGACCUGAUUCCCAUGCAAUUACUACGCAUGCAGGGGGUUGUGAUUCCUAUGUUGAUGCGUGGUAAGAGUCAUGGAUCACAGAAACAAGAGAACUUGUGUUCUUUUGUAGCAUCUCCCAUUAGAUCCUUGCCUGCGGUUGAGUGCUAUUAAAUGUGCCUCCUAAUCCAGCCUAUAUAAGCAGCUCAAAUCCUACGAGGAGAUGGUAGAAAGACUGGCACUUUGAGAGCUGAAGUGCUGCUUUGGUUCGAACUCCAUGGUGUCGGUGUCGGUGUCGCUGCAAGCGGCCCUUUCGCCAGAGGAGAGGAGGACAUGCCCCGACCUCCAGGAUUUCUUCUCCAGGAAAAGGAAGCGCAGAGAUGGAGAAGAGAGCCAAGGUAACAAGGAGCCCAAGCUGGUGAAGGACGAGGAGGAGGAAGAGGACACCGAGCUGGAUCUCGACGCUCCCUUGCCUUCGGAAUGGCAACGCUGCCUCGAUCUCAAGAUUUCGAUUGUGCAGUCGGGAGCGAUACACUUCUACAACACCAGGACGCACCGGAGGACCGCCAUGGAUCCCAGGCUGAGCAGCUUGGAGCCACCGAGCUCGCGGCCGAGGCUGGACCUGGAGCUCAACCUCGAGCCGCCGGGGAGCCACCUCUACGGAGGAGAAGGAGAUCUGGUGAAGCAGGAUGCAUGCAACUCCGAGGACGACGAGAUGGUGGCGACGGCCUGCAUGCGCUGCCACAUGCUGGUCAUGAUGAGUAAGGCAUCCUUAUCGUGCCCCAGCUGCAAGUUUGUGCACCCACCGAAUCACAGCUUCUCGGCGUUGUGCACGCCAGCUUUCAAGCUUGUGUGUUGCAAGGAUCAGUACUCCAAUUAGUCUUCCUUACGUAUCUUUAAUAUGAUGUAUAUAGUAUUGCAAAGAGGCAGGUUUUGGUCAGUUUAUGUUCAGGUGGAGCAGCACUCUUUGUUCAAUGGAUUCACGUUCCUAAAUAAAGUAGCAGUAGAUGACUGUUGGAGAAGACAAUGUGUCCCUGUGCCUGUAACUCUAGUCUUGUGUAAUAAGACAAAAGUAUAUUUAGUGGCAGUCAAUGCUUUU